GCAUCAUUAGUUGUUAGCAUUUCAGUAUACCGACAGACUUCGCCGUGGUCCUAUUUUUUAAAUUGGAUCAAAAAAUUAAAGUAAAACCCAAUUUAUUUAAUUCAAAUAGCCUUCCUACUUGAGUUAUAUGUAUAUGGAUUCACAUAUUUUAAUAUUCUACUAACAAAAACAUCAAUUCUGUCAGUGUGUACUGUGUAAUGACUCUAUCAUCGGUUUGAAAAGCAGAUUCGCCUAGUAGAGUCGGCAAUAUACACAAUGGCCUCCGACCAGGAGUCGUGCUCAGACGAGGAGCCCGACAGUGAGAUGCUGAGCGACGACCUCUGCCUGCCUGACAGCGAUGACGACAGGCAGCCGUCGCGCAGUGUGCAGAGUCUCCCCGACGAGCUGCCGGCGCUGAACUCCUGCAUCCUCCGGCCGCCGCGCAAGCUGUUCACUAACUGCCGCGAGCGCUGGCGCCAGCAGAACGUGAGCGGCGCGUUCGCUGAGCUGCGGCGCCUGGUGCCCACGCAUCCGCACGACAAGAAGCUGUCCAAGAAUGAAAUACUGCGGAUGGCUAUAAGGUACAUCGGGCUACUUUGCGAAGUACUCGAAUGGCAAAAAAGCCAUGGCUUAGGAACGAAUAAGGAAAAUUCAGGUCUCGCAAUCAAAUGUGAAUCUCCAAUGAGUCCUACCUCAAGACGUCUUCGACUCAAAAGACCUUACGACGAUGACCCUAAGAGGUCUUAUGAGGCAGAUUACACUAGAUUUGGAAAUGAAGAAAAUGAGGAAGUUUUCAGAAGGAAUUGCCAAAGGAGUUUUCAAGGUAAAACUGAGUUUUUCUUCGGGAAAGACCAUUUGAAAGUGCUGCGGAACCAGUAUUAUUUGUCUUCAAAUUGGAGACAUAUGCCGUUCAGAAAUUUGGGUGAAAGGAAUGGAAAUAAUCUAUUAAUGAUUGCUCCGGCUGGCAAAGGUGAUGAGAAAGACGGUGUUUGUAAAGAAAAAGUUGACAAAGAAAAGUGAGGAUACUUCAAAUUUUCUUACACAGAGAGAAACUAGACGUGGCAUCUACUGUAAAAACAAGAUAAGUGAGGAAAUACAUCAGAGCAUUGAUAUUAAUUCGGUUGUAGGUACUCUUAUAAUAAAUAGAAUCUAAACUAUCAUGAUCAUCAUCAUCAUAUCAGCCGAUGGACGUCCACUGCAGGACAUAGGCUUGUAAGGACUUCUAAAUAUCACGAUCUUGAGUUGAUAAUAAAACUGUAAUAAAUUGUAAGAUUUUUUUGAUGGCUCAAAAAUUUAAGUGUUGAUAGAACAAACAAAAGUAUCUGUUUAGUAGCAGACAAUAUGUUUGAAAAAAAAAGUAAUGUUUCAUAUAUAUAACUGAGUAAGUAUAGCGGACCUACCUAAGUUAUAUGGUAGAUAACACAGAUUAAUAUAAUAAUCUCUCAAAGCUUUAAGCUAACUUUCUCAACAUUACCUUUAUUUCUUACUUUCAUGGUAAAUUUAAAAUAAUUUAAUUUAAGUUUUAAUUUAUAUAUUUUAAUUCGUCAUUCUAUUGUAUUGAGUAUCAAUAUCCUCUUGAUUAUUAACUAGCC